ACUUUCUCAAAUAAGAAUCUUAUGGGCCACCACAAGCAUUGUUCUAUUUUUUAAUAAUACAGUAAUGUCUUUAUAGGGCAUGGAAUCAUAUUUUGUCAUUUGAAUCAAAAUGGACGCUGCACAUAAGGCAGAAGAAUCACGUGAUCUCUCCCAGCCAAUCAAUCAAGAGAGCAGGGGCCCAUCCAAGGAUUAAUGGAGGCGGGAAGUCAGCAAUAAACCGGACCUCACAUGCGGUUCGCCCCCCGUGAGGACCAUGUCAAACGCGGUGAGAAUGUGCGUCCGAGUGCGGCUCUCUGGGGUUGCGGGUUCCAGGGCGCUCAGCGUGAUGGUGGGGGGGAAAGGAGCGGAAAACGUUAGUGAGACGAAUAGCAGGGGACGGGUGAGGAGCUUUGAGGAGAUCCCCAACACUGGCAGGAACCGGUGGCUCAACCUGGUCACCUUCUGGAGGGAAGGUCGCUUCAGGCUGCUUCACAAGCACAUGGAGAGCUCCUUCAACGCCCUUGGACCCAUCUACAGGGAGAACCUUGGCCCCCAAAGCACGGUGAACAUCAUGUUGCCGUGCGACAUCGCCGAGCUGUUCCGCUACGAAGGCCUCACCCCGCAGCGGAUGGUUCUGGAGCCGUGGGCCAAGCACCGGGAGAUCCGCGGGCACGAGAAAGGAGUCUUCCUCAAGAAUGGUGCCGAGUGGCGUGCCGACCGUCUGCUCCUCAACAAGGAAGUGAUGUUGAACGCGGCCGUCAAGCGUUUCCUCCCUGACAUGGACGAGGUGGCGAGAGAUUUCUGCCAGAUGAUCAAAGGCAGAGUGGAGGCCCAGGGAAGAGGAAAGCAAGGAGAAAGCAGCCUGACCUUCAACCCCGGUCCAGACAUCUUUGCUUUUGCACUGGAAGCCAGCUGCUACAUCCUCUACGGAGAGCGCAUCGGCCUUUUCUCAUCAAAGCCUCCGAUGGAGUCUCAGAAGUUCAUCUGGGCAGUGGAAAGAAUGUUGACCACCACCGUGCCCCUCUUAUACCUCCCUUCCCCCCUGCUGGUCUACAUUGGGACGUCCUUGUGGAACCAGCACGCCACUGCUUGGGACCACAUCUUCAGCCAUGCCGAGGCGAGGAUGAAGAGGGGCUUCCAGCGCCUGUCCUCCGGACCCGCUCCCAGCUCUGAUGCAGGGAAGUCCUCUGGAGUCCUGGGGAAGCUCCUGGAGAAAGGGCAGUUAUCUGGUGAGGCCAUCAAAGCCAACAUCACUGAACUGAUGGCCGGAGCAGUGGACACGACAGCUGUACCCUUGCAGUUUGCUCUGUUUGAGCUGGCUCGGAACCCCGCCGUGCAGGAGAGCAUCCGACGUCAGGUGAAAGAGUCUGUGGGCCAGGCUGGUGGUGACCCCCAGAAAGCCCUGGAUGGGGCGCCGUUACUUAAAGGCACUGUCAAGGAGAUUCUCAGGUUGUAUCCAGUGGGCAUCACAGUUCAGCGUUACCCUGUACAAGACAUUGUUCUUCAGAAUUAUAACAUUCCAGCAGGGUCUUUGGUCCAGGUGUGUCUGUACCCCAUGGGGAGGAGUGCGGAGGUCUUCGAUGACCCGCUGAACUUUGACCCUGGUCGGUGGGCCCGCAUGCGAGAGGAUGGCACCCAGGGGAAGGGAACGUUCCGUUCGCUGGCGUUCGGCUUCGGGUCCAGACAGUGCAUCGGCCGCAGGAUCGCUGAGAAUGAGAUUCAACUCUUCCUCAUGCACAUCCUGCUCAACUUCCACCUCAGUGUGUCAUCAGCAAAAGACAUCGACACCAAGUUUGCAUUCAUCUUGCAGCCUGAAUCGCCGCCUAGGAUCACCUUCACUAUGCUCUGACAUACAUGUACAAACACGACAGGAAGUAUUUUGGAAUUAAACAAAAGUUCAAUCAA